UGUUGAGGAUCACUGUAUCAUUUUAAUAAAUUAAUUCUGUUAUUUACAAGAACAAAGAACGACUGAGUUUUAUAAAUUCUAUAGCAGAUAAAUAAAGAUAAUAUCUGCAUUUAUUACCGCAUAGAUCAAACAAAAAAGAUGUUCUAGGUUAGCAUCGUCGUUCUUAAAAAUACCGUCUAGCUUUAACUUGACAAUAAUUUUAUCAUAACUGUCUCUUCUUAAACGGAGUUUAAGAGAUAAAUUUAUAUGAGGUUUAAGGUGAAACUUUGUACAACUCGGUCAAAGGAAGACCAACUCGUUUAUUGCGUCAGCGAGUUAAAUUUUCCAUUUGAUUGAUAGAACACGAUAAAUGACAAUUUGGAAGUUGAAAUGAGUAAAAAAUGGAUAGAAAAAAAUUCAACGAUACUUUUUGCAGUAUGGGGUUAAGUCUCUACCGAAAAGCCUAUAUUUGUCUAAAAACGAGCGUACUCGAAUAAAUGGCAUGUAAAAAAAGUUAGAAGAAGAAUAAUUGUUCGAGGAACGGAAGUAACGGAGGAAGAAGUUUGCAACGCCUUUUAACAGCCUUUCUCGAUGGACGAUAACGUCGUCACGAGAUAACGACGAAACUCGUCUGUCAAGUGUUAUGGAUUGAGGGAUCAAGUCGGAUCGACAUUUUUUUAGAUCCCAUAGGUGGAGAAUAACAGGGUGCACAGGAAGCAGAGGAUACGAAGAGGAUGAGAGAAGAUGAACGUAACGCAGGCGCGUUUAAAGGAACUCGUGCGCGAGUGGUGUUCACGUCUGUAACGCUUUGAAGAACUCCGGCGGGAGCUGCGAUUCUUCCUUUCAGUUUACCGUGGUCCCGCUUCCGAAACUUAUGUCGUGUAUUAUUCUCGCCGGGUAGAAGGUAGUUCGAUCGUAAAUUUCGAUUGUGCGCUUCAUCGAAAAUAGAUACGGAACGAUAAAACCGACGUAUAAACGAGUUAAUAGUUAACCGAGGAAGAAAUUCGGAACAUAACGCUAAUAACAAUUUUACGGGGGUUAAAUAUAGUGGAGAUAAAAAGUUUACAACCCGCUAAUGAUUGUGGUUUAAUAUUCUCGCCCAUUAAUUAUAGUGGAUCGUAGAAACAAUUGAUAGAAUUCGCGGAAUAUCGUUGAUUAGAAAAUGUUAAAAAGGAUAGUCUAUCUGAUACGUAUAAGGAAGUGAUUCUGCAAAGCUGCAUUUACUUCCAUCUGAAAAAAUACAGUUCCCCUUGCAAUCGCGUAAUUGAGAUUACUUGAUCCUGCAAUUAUAAUUACACGAUUGAUCGUGACAGUUUUCUCUGUCCGAGGUAAAUGGUUGAUAUUCUCUAUGCCCAUUGAAGCCAGAAAUCACUUUCGCUUGCGUUUCAUUGCACGAACAAGAUCGCACCAGAGAGUUCCAUAUUGGAUUAUAAAAACGAGGAAAUCAUGUCGACGAAUGUAUACAACGACUCGAGGAUAUCUUCAGCAGAGUUUAAUAGCUCGUACAAUGGGACGAUGGUGUCUUCAAACGAAAGCUUCAGAAUGGACAUCACCGGGGAUAUACUUUGGUAUUUUUACGACAAGUUUCACAGCGAAACUAAUUACUUGUUGAUCAUCCUCUAUAUUCCUGUGAUGGCACUCGCAAUAACGGCCAACGUUCUCGUGAUUGCGGUCGUUUUCAAAUACCACUACAUGCGUAGCGUGACUAAUUAUUUCGUGGUCAACUUGUCAGUGGCGGACCUUUUGGUGACUACGAUUUGCAUGCCUGUGGCUGUCAGUCAAGCAGUCUCUAUAGUAUGGAUCCACGGCGAAAUAAUGUGCAAACUUUCCUCUUACCUUCAGGGUGUUGCAGUCGCUGCUUCGGUUUUUACCAUCAGCGCUAUGAGCAUCGACAGAUACCUGGCGAUAAGAAGUCCUAUGGCAUUUCGACGAGUGUUCAAUCGAAGAAGCACGGUUCUCGUAAUCGUGGCUCUUUGGUUGGUCGCUCUAAUCAUCUUUGCUCCUGUUCUCAGAGCGAUGACUCUCCACAGUCCGAGUACGGAACUUAGCAACAUAUCGUUCCACGGAUCCUGGACAAUGACGAAGAAUUUUUCACAGAAUACCUCUCGUGUUUCUCAUCUACCACCUGUUUUCUACAUUUGUUCGGAAGAUUUUAAGCCUCUGGGCAUUCAGGCGCCUCUUUUCGGUGCUGUGUGCUUUGUGCUGGUUUAUGCGAUUCCAGGUUUCGUCGUAAUACUAUCUUAUUCCAUGAUGGGUCGAACACUGUGCGCCCGAAAACCACCUUUCGACUGUGAUAGCGUCGAAGGGAGCGCCAGCUCGCAACAGAGUUUCAGGCUGGUACGUGAGAGAAGGCGAAUUGCUUGGAUAUUGCUUCUUUUGGCGGUGUUCUUUGCUCUGUGUUGGUUACCAUAUAACGUCUUAAUGCUACUGAUAGAUCUGGGCGCAGUUGGGGGAAAGACAACGAGAGAUGCUCUUUCCUAUUGCCUGUUUCUGGGACACGUGAAUAGCGCAUUGAAUCCUGUCGUAUACUGUGUUAUGACUCGUAAUUUUCGGCGGAGUAUAUCGGAGAUCCUUUGCUGUGGACCCUAUGGGUUCACUCGUCGAAAACCCCGUCACAGGAGUGCUCAAGGAAUCGCCGUGAUCGAUGACAUGUGUGCAGGGUGUAGUGGUAGUAGCACGGUAAGACGCGGAUUGCUUCGCAAGCGGAGGUUGUUACCUGGAUGCAGAUGCGGGCUACCGAUUAACGGCCAUCACGCAGUUUUGGCCCUCCGACGAACGGUCACAACUAGCAGCGGACACGACAGCUAUCAUAGCAGACACAGUCCUCAUCGACGUUGUUACAUGUUACGGAGUCUACGGGGAAGGCCGCAAACGGGGAUGGAACAAGUCCAGGUAAACAAAACUCAAGAGACCUGCUACAAGAAGAACGAAGACAGCCAACCUCAUAUGAAUAUAUUGAUCACCACGGACGAACAACAUUGAACAUAGAAAUAAAUGAUUUAAUUUAAGGACUGAUUAAUGUUGGUUAAUUUCUUAUAGACGCGUAGAAUUUCGGUGUCGUUACGUAAAAAUAUUUGAUGUGCAUACAUGAAGAUGGACAGAAGAGAUGCAGUGUCAAUUACGAUAUCUCUCUAUAGAAUAUUUCCUGAUCGAUUUAGUGAUUUUCGGAUUCGAGUUCAUUGUAGCUUUCAUUAACGACCAAUGUUUAUAUCGUUGAUACGAAGUAAGAUAAAGCGGUCAAUGAUCUUGAAUAUCUUUUCACGGGGUGAUAAGAUUAAAGGCUUAGGGCACAAAAAUGACUUAAGGUUUGAUUUCCUAAAACGAAAACUUUUCUAUCACGAUCUGCAUUCCAUCUACCGAGUAUUGCGACAAAUAAUAAACGAGAAAAGAGUACAUACAGUAGUUAACGAGGAACCAAGCAAAAGUGUAAGUUUGUUAAGUGAGACUGAGUGGAGGAGACAAAUAGGGCUGGGCUCUCACAAGGGAAAAUGUUGAAACAGUGAUGAGUAAUCGUACUUUCCACGUAAUUUAUUGCUUGUCGUUCACACUCGUUCAACUUUGACUGAGACAAUCUUCUGUAGGAAGGAUGGUAAAAGGGUUAUGCAUAACAGGGCCGCAACUACAACGAGAGUAAAUGAACAUAAACGAUUUGCAAAUAUUUGUGUACGUUGAGCAAACACGUUCGUUAUAUGGGCUGACGUUGACGUUAUUAUCCGGCUCAAUUAAAUUCGAGUUGAAUUGACCUCUUUAAAAAUAGGCACGAAAAUAUGACACUGUUUAAAGAUGAAAGCCAAUGGCUCGCGAGAUAUCUGUAAGAAUUUUUUGGACUUUUUCCAAUAAGAAAUCUCGAAAUUGAACGAAUUAUAUUUCAGUUAGGUUAGAUUGUAGUUCUAUUGGGCCAUCAAAUUCUGAGUAAUCUUCUAUAAUUUCGACGCAUUUCGUUCAAACAUUUCGAGGGAUUAAAUAGGGGAUGACAUAAAUAGUCGAGGCAAAGAAUUUCUCUCCUACUCACAGAGAUUCUCGAAGUGUUGGACGUGAGGCUUGAUCGAAUAAAGAUAGGGAUGUUGAUGUGAUAAAGAGUGCGUUAUGUACGUAUAUGUUGAUGCUUACGACAUGAAUAUCCGCCCACGUUUUGUAAUAAAUCACGUAUGGUAUACUGGAAAACAAUACUUUGAAAUUUCUAUACAAACAUUUAUUUUCUCCUAAGGCCUAGCGCGACAAACGACGAUACAAGUAACGAAAGAAAGACAUAGUCAAUUUUUGUCAUACAUUUGUCAUGAACAGAUUCGAUUCAUGUCCUGGUAAAUCUGGGAAAAAGAAGGGGGAAUUUCUAUUAGUAAUGCCUUCGUCGUUCGAAAGAGGAAACAACGUGACACCGACAACGCGAGAACUAGAAUUGCUUCACGAGAUGAAAAAU